AGCACGACUUGCUGUAGAUGGUAGAGCCACCACAGAUGCCAGGAGCUCGCCACUAACAUGUGCCCAUACAGGCAAUCAGACAGAGCCCACCUGGACUGUGAACCUGAACACAUCACGUCCAGAAAAGAUACAACACAUCAGACUCUAUCUACGUGACGACCUUCAAACCAGAAGUAACGGCAUGGAGAUACUUGUGGGCAGCCAGAUGUGCUACAACUGGUCAUCAACUGAACACCCUCCUCCUAUAGCUAACGUCUCCUGCCGUCAGCCACUGACAGGAACCAACGUCACUAUACGGGUACCUGGUCCCAGGAAAUUCCUGACUUUGUGUGAAGUGCAGAUAUUUGUUUGCAGUGAUGGAUGGUUUUCUGAAGAUUGUGAUAAACAGUGCCGAUGCCUUAACAGUACUGAUAUAUGUGACAAGAUCACUGGUCACUGUUCUAGUGGAUGUUUCCCAGGAUAUAAUGGUACCGACUGCCAAACAGCAUGUCCAAAUGGCACCUAUGGUAUCAACUGCUCAUCAGAGUGUGGAAACUGCCUCGAUGGUGAUGUCUGUAAUGUGACCACGGGAACCUGUCCUAGAGGAUGCGCAGCAGGAUGGAUGAACGGCACUUGUCUACAAGCCUGUGCAGAUGGUUCCUAUGGUAGCAACUGCCCAUCACAGUGUGGAAACUGUCUAGAUGAUGACAUCUGUGACAAGACAAACGGAGCGUGUCCUAGAGGAUGUGCAGCAGGGUGGAUAAAUGACACCACAUGUCUACAAGCAUGUCCAAAUGGCACCUAUGGUAUCAACUGCUUAUCACAGUGUGGGAACUGCCUCGAUGGUGACGUCUGUAAUAGGACCACUGGAACCUGUCCUAGAGGAUGCGCAGCAGGAUGGAUGAACGGCACAUGUCUACAAGCCUGUCCAGAUGGUUCCUAUGGUAGCAACUGCCCAUCACAGUGUGGAAACUGCCUAGAUGAUGACAUCUGUGACAAGACAAACGGAAUCUGCCCUGGAGGAUGUGCAGCAGGGUGGAUGAAUGACACCACAUGUCAACAAGCAUGUCCAGAUGGUUCCUAUGGUAGCAACUGCUCAUCGCAGUGUGGAAUCUGCAUCGACGGUGACGUCUGUAACAGGACCACGGGCACCUGUCCUAGAGGAUGUGCAGCAGGAUGGAAGAAUGACACCACAUGUCUUCAAGCAUGUCCAGAUGGUUCCUAUGGUAGCAACUGUGAAUCCCAGUGUGGUAACUGCCUCGAUGGUGACAUCUGUGACAAAACAAAGGGAACCUGCCCAACAGGUUGUGCAGCAGGAUGGCAGAGUGACGCCACAUGUCUAAAUGCGUGUCCAAAUGGCUACCACGGUAGCAACUGUGUGUCGGAGUGUGGAAACUGCCUAGAGGGUGUCAGCUGUGACAAGACAAACGGAACGUGUCCUGGAGGAUGUGCAGCAGGAUGGGAGAGUGACGACAAAAUGUUAUGUUUUCAACCUCUUGUUGGUGGAGGUUCUGUAGCAGGAAUUGUUGGAGGGACAGUUGCAGCUGUUGUAGUCAUUGCUGUUAUUGUGACCAUUGCCAUUUGCAGGAAACGGAGAAAACGGAAAGAGGAUGACUCGAGAUUGCCGGUCCCACUGGAAGUGCUUUCUAGGGCAGCAAGUAAAGAUAAACAAUCCGCGAGUAAAUCCACUCCAAAGCCACCUGCAAUGGAAGAAGACGAGGACGCCAUGUUUUCUGUUGAGGCUGAAGUAGACGGCGACAACGAUGCUGCCGCCACCUACUACAACUGGGUACCACCUCACAUGCGGCUGGACAACCUGAAACAGUGUAUAAGUGAGAAGAAGAAAAAAGCCUCAUUUGAAACCGAAUUUAAGACGAUUCCAUAUGGUGCAAGAUAUCCACAUGAUGCUGGUAAAACGACUGAGAACAAGCCGAAGAACCGAUUUCUUGCUCUAUAUGCGUAUGAUGAGUCGAGGGUUGUGCUGGCGGAAGGAGAGGAUUACAUUAAUGCCAAUUAUAUCAUGGGAUAUGAUGAUACUCCAAAGUAUAUAGCAACACAAGGACCCAAACCGGGGACAGUCACUGACUUCUGGCGGAUGGUGUGGCAGGAGGACGUCACACAGAUAGUCAUUCUGACCAGGCUGAUGGAGAUGAACAAGAAAAAGUGUGAACGAUAUUGGCCAGGUAGGGCCAAAACUGAAAUCUACGGAGCCUGUAAAGUUACGAACAAAACUGUGACAGCUAGGUCGGACUACACAGUCUCCACGUUUCUGGUCCAAAACUCCGGCAUCGAGAGGACUGUGACUCAUUACCACUUCACGUCUUGGCCUGACCAUGGUGUUCCUUCUGCCCCUGCCCUCGUCAACUUCUGGAGACUGGUCAAACAGGGGGACAUGGACAGGGGUCCUAUGGUGGUGCACUGCAGCGCUGGUGUUGGCCGAACAGGAGCUUUCCUUGCCCUGGACUACCUGAUUGAUGAAGCUGAAAGUAACCACAGAGUCAAUGUAUUCAUGUGUGUCAGCAAGAUGAGACAGAACAGGAUGAACAUGGUUCAGACAGUGAGCCAGUACGAGUUUGUGCAUGAUGUGGUCCUGGAGGCUCUCAAUAGUCGAGGGACACACUACACUCUGUUGUCUGAGUUUGACAAAACGUUUGGUAUUGGUGAAACGUUUACAACACCCCAAGAGGAUAAUCUGAAAGAGCAAUUUGAAUUACUCCAAGAACAAACAUCUGACCUCGAAGAAGAUAUAAACUCACAAGCACUGCUUCCAGAGAACUCGGGCAAAAAUAGGAACCGGCAUGUUCUCCCGGGAAACAAAUCCAGGCCCUACCUGUGUACUCCAGUUCAGGGUCGGAAUGACUACAUCAAUGCAGUGUUUUUGCCAUCCAUCCUUCGACCAUCGACUAUGAUAGUCACCCAGACCCCCCUGCCAGACACUGUAGUGGACUUCUGGAGACUGGUGUACGACCAUGACUGCUUUACAGUUGUCUGCCUGGAUGACUCUCAGGAGACAGAUGAACUGUACCCGAAAGACAAUAACGUGUUACAAAGUGGACCAUUCAGUGUGAUACACGUGGAAACCAAUUCAAAUGGAGCAUUCCAUACAGAGAGACAGUUGACGCUUGUACAUGACAAGGAGGACAGCGAGCUGUCAGUCACAGUGUUCCGCCUCCGAUCCCAGGACAUGAUGUCCAGUACCGAAUCACUCAUGGAGCUGAUCAACGUGGUGGACACAAUCAUCAGCUCUGACGACCAUAAGAUCCUCAUCCACUGCCAUGACGGUGCUGUCGUGAGCGGCGUGUUCUGCAGUGUCCUGAACAUCAUCAGCAGACUGAGGCUGGACAGAGACGUGGACAUCUUCCUCACCAUCAGGGAACUGCAGCGUAUCAGACCUCAGUUUAUUCGGUCCUUUGAUCAGUACAAGCUGUGCUAUAACAUGGUGAAGGAAUAUAACCGUGCUUCCAACAUCUACGCCAAUCUGUGACACCGAAACAACAACUAAAUAAUCUACACAGAUGUGCUGCACAUAUAGUGUCGGAAUUAUUCUUUUGAAAAAAGUUCAUGGUCUUCGAACACAUAUUCCAGAAACUGAAUUUGUCUGACAUAUCAGUGAUUGACCUGUAACCAAUUCUAGUGACGUUAAAAACAUGUUAAGUGAACGUCAUGAGGGAUUACACAUUAGCGGAAUGUCAGUUUAUACCGGCAAGUUACUAUACUGAUUCAAAAAACACCGACAGUGAUUUACCAUUAUUUCAUUCAUAAGCAUAAUUUUUUUAUCAUUUCCAAUCGUCAAUUUUCAAAAUAUUGAAAUAUCAUAUAUACUAUGAAGAUUUACAUUAUUUUGCCUGCGAUGCAUGUUACUUUCUUCAGACACGACAAACUUUGCAACGGUAAAUGAAUGACUAAAUGUGUUGAAAUGGUUACAUGGUCAGUGAUAUUUUUCCGCAAGGGAUGAAAGUUUGUCGAUGUUUAGUUUACAUUAUUGUCAAUCUUUUUCUUCAAUUUAUAAUGUCUCCAUCAACUUAAUUCAAACAAUUUUUAAUAAUCCAUAAUUGUACUGUAAAUUGCUUUGUCUAAAACAAUAUUUGAA